GAUUCAAAGACACAGCACUCAUACUCCAGCUCUUCAUACAGCCCUCCGCAGUCAUCCCCUCCCAUUCAAAAGUCUCCACAACAACAGCACUAUUACUAUCGCUCUCCUCAACCAUCCCCUCACACGUCCCAACCCAAGCCCUUCACCGCUCACAUCACUCCCUCGCCCUACGGUGGCUCCCAUUCUGACCAAAGCUCGUACGACAAACGGGUCUCUCCCUCGCCGUCAGUUAAGUCUUACCCUCAGACACAACAACAGCACCAGACAAAUGGUUACGACUCUAAGACCCAAAGCCAAUAUAGUUCACAACAAAGUCAUAGGCAAUAUUCUCCAGCGCAAAGAGUACAGAGCUCUUCCCAGUCUCAAUCUUAUCGCUCUCCUCCACAAUCGUAUGAUAAGACAGCGCAAAGUUAUGGUAAUCAGGAUUCAGGAGCUGAUGGCCAAAGUAGAUAUAAUGAUAAAUCAAAUCAGAGCCCAUAUAUUGAAGUGAAACAUAAAAUGCAAACCAAUUAUGAGAUGACCGUAAAGAAUAGAUGCGAACAAAACAUUCAAAGCAUGUAUUUUGAGAUUAAAAAUCUUAAAGAAUCGGAAUCUGAGUGUAUGUAUAGAAUAGAGAAGGCAAAGGAAAACGUGUGUCAAUUGGAUAUAAUGUUUAGUAAUUUUGAUUUGGGAGACCAGUCCUGUCAGAAACAGUUCAUGGAAGCUCGUCAGGUAGAGUGCAGUCCACCCAAGGAUAAGACACAACAACAGGGCUACGGACAGGCUAUGUAUACAAUUAAAGAUAGAGAUAGGGAUAGACAGCCUCAGCCUUCAAAUGGACAGAAUGGACAAUCGUAUGGACAGUCUAUGCAUUCUAAUGGGUUUAGACCUUCACAACAACCGCUAUCGGGAAGUGACGGAACACAACCCUAUGAUAUGCGAAAACAAAGUCAACCCCGGGUUAGAGAGCCUCCGAUGCAAACUAAUUACGAUAGUUUUGAUACGCGAAUGCCGUACCGACCGGAAGGUCCAGACAGACGACUGGGCGCACCCGUGCCUACAGCCGAAGACAGGUGUCAAAUCGUAUAUUCAGAAAUAGAGUUCUCCAUAACGAGUCCAAAGCACCCGAACUCCUAUCCAUCCAAUAUGUUCUGCAUGUAUACCAUAAGGAAAGCCAAUCCCAACGUUUGCGCCAUUGAUAUCAAAUUUAACUCGUUUGACAUCGAAGACGACCCGAAAUGCAACAAAGACUACCUGGAAGUGGACGCCGGGAAGAUAUGCGGUCCUCUUCCUCCCAGUCAUGAAAGGCGAUAUUACUUCUUACAAGAAGAGUACGAAAAGGUUUUGAUCUUUAAAUCUGACGAUUCGGGCGCCAAAUCUGGCUUUUCAUUACACGUCCAACAAAUUGCCGACUGCACUAAGCCAUGGGCGCCGAUGAUGGCUCCAACGCCUCCCACAGUUUGUGAUGUCUGUCACCAUAACCUGAGGGGACAGAUAAUGAGCUCCAAUUACCCGAACCAAUACAGCGAUUAUAUGCGCUGCUCAUACCGUAUACAAGCCAUGAAUCAGGACUUUUGUCGGGUGAAGCUCUUCCUCAGGGAUGUUGAUAUAGAGUCGAGUCCUUCCGGAGAUUGUAUGAAAGACGCUCUCAUUAUUGAUUCUCAACGUCUUUGCGGCAAAGAUAUCAGCGCUAAAGAAAUGACGCUCACAUUCCCUGCGAGUCAGCCCCGAGAAGUUCACAUCGACUUCCAAAGCGAUGUUAGCGGAAGCGGUCGAGGAUUUCUCAUUGAAUACAUUCAGGAGUCGUGUCAGACACAGGCGACUAAUCGUCAGCCAUCGAUAGCACAGCCGAUAGCACCGGUCGAUCACAAUUCAAACACCUCUCCCACGAUAACGGUCUCCGUUGAGCCGAUUGCUGCCAAACCCGACAACAGAAUGGGAGACAACAGAAUGGGAGCACUCAUUCCUCCCAUAUAUCCACCCAAUUAUGUCUCUCGCGCUCACAUCGAAGAGAUCGUUCAGACACAGGUCCAGGUCCUCGACAACCGCACCAAUGAUGCCGUCGACCAUCAAAAUAGAGAUCCGAUCAUUAAAUAG